GAAAAAGAAACAAGAAAACUAGCUUCUGGAUUUAAGUGGAGUGCUUCUAAUGGAAGAAUACGAAUCAUGCCAGAAAAUAUGAGCUCCAGAAUGGACACUCCCACCAACAUCUCCCUGGUGGGGUCUGGGGAUGCAGUGUCUGAGUCCCUGGAGUAUAAGACCAUCUCUGUGUUCCUGGUGCUGUUGGUAUGUGGUGUGGGUAUAGUGGGAAACAUCAUGGUUGUGCUGGUGGUUCUUACCACACGACACAUGCGCACACCCACCAACUGCUAUCUGAUGAGCCUGGCGGUGGCGGACCUGACCGUUUUGGUGGCUGCUGGUCUGCCGAACAUCUCGGAGAGCCUGAUGGCCACCUGGGUGUACGGGCAUGCUGGGUGCCUUGGCAUCACCUACUUUCAGUACCUUGGCAUUAAUGUGUCAUCAUGUUCCAUCACAGCCUUCACUGUGGAGAGAUACAUUGCCAUAUGUCAUCCAAUGAGGGCCCAAACUGUCUGUACGGUGUCCCGAGCCAAGCGUAUCAUUGCUGGGGUGUGGGCCUUCACUUGUGUCUACUGCAUGCUCUGGCUCUUCUUGGUGGACAUCCAGGUGAACCAAGAGGGGCGUGUGCAGUGCGGCUACCGUGUCUCUCGAGACCUCUACCUGCCCAUCUACCUUAUCGACUUUGCCAUUUUCUACGUCAUCCCACUGCUUCUGGCUAUUGUCCUUUAUGGUCUCAUCGCCCGUAUCAUGUACCUGAAUCCUCUUCCCCACCCACCUGACUCCAGAACCACAAGUGCCCCCACUCUCAGGAGGAGCUGCAAAGAGCCAGCAGAUGAUGGUAAAGCAGGUCGUCAGGGACGUCAAAAGAAUGCACUUUCUUCCCGGAAACAGGUCACUAAGAUGCUUGCAGUGGUGGUUGUGCUGUUCGCCUUGCUGUGGAUGCCGUACAGAACCCUGGUGCUUAUUAACUCCUUCAUGAGCACACCUUACCUGGAUGCCUGGUUUCUGCUUUUCUGCAGGACCUGCAUUUAUGCCAACAGUGCCAUCAACCCUGUUGUUUAUAACCUGAUGUCCCAGAAGUUUCGCUCUGCCUUCCGUGGGUUGUACCACUGCCAGAGGGAUGAUGGGCACCAGCGAUCGCUUUCCAUGCUCCAGAGUGGAUACAGCCUGGGAAGGGACCCCCGACUUUGUAACAACACCAAUGGCACCAGAGACACACCUAAGAAAAUCAAUUCAGCCACUCCUGACCAGAAACAAAGCAGAGGUAUGAAGGACAACAAGGAGAACAAGGAAAAUAUGGACAAGCAAAUAAGUGAUGACAUAAAAAACACGACUGAUUCAAACAUUAACAAAAGUGCUGUGGAAAACAGCAACAUGGAAAAACAUACAGAUGUACUGAAAACUGAUAAAAAGCAGAACUCUGAAGACAAGGCAAUGCCUACAGUGGAGAAUGUGGACAGAAAGUUUAAUGAUAAUGGGAAAAAUAUGGAGGAAAGUGAUGAUACUGCAAAGGAUUCAAUUGCUGACCUUUGCAGCAUUGAGAAGACAUUGCUGAACUCUAGUGAAUUGAAUUGA